AUGGACAAACUGCAAUCAACGUCCAGGAACUUUUCUGUGAGGAUCAAACAAAGGCGUAAAGUUACUUUCUACAAGAGUGCUGUGUAUAAAGCCUUACAAAUGGAGGAGAUCCAAAGCUUCCUGAGAUCAGGAAAUCUCUCAAAACCCAACCUGUCACCUGCACAGUGGUCAGCUCUGGUCUUUGUGUUGCUGACUUCAGAAAAGGAGCUGGAUGUGCUGUCAGGCUGUGGAGUCACAGAGGAAGGCUGUGCUUCUCUGGUCUCAGCUCUGGAGUCAAACCCCUCACACCUGAGAGAGCUGGACCUGAGUAACAAUGACCUGAAGGAUUCAGGAGUGAAGCUGCUCUCUGCUGGACUGGGGAAUCACCACUGUAAACUGGAGACUCUGAGGCUGUCAGGCUGUCUAGUCACAGAGGAAGGCUGUGCUUCUCUGGUCUCAGCUCUGGAGUCAAACCCCUCACACCUGAGAGAGCUGGACCUGAGUAACAAUGACCUGAAGGAUUCAGGAGUGAAGCUGCUCUCUGCUGGACUGGGGAAUCCCCACUGUAAACUGGAGACUCUGAGGCUGUCAGGCUGUCUAGUCACAGAGGAAGGCUGUGCUUCUCUGGUCUCAGCUCUGAGGUCAAACCCCUCACACCUGAGAGAGCUGGACCUGAGCUACAAUCACCCAGGAGACUCAGGAGUCAGACUGCUCUCUGCUGGACUGGAGGAUCCACACUGCAGACUGGAGAAACUCAAUGUGGAACAUGGUGGAGAGAACAGAAUGAAACCUGGGCCUAGAAAAUGUGAGUGUUGACUGCUGUGAAGAAUAUGACUAAGAAUAAGUCUUAAUUCAAGUUAAGUCAAAGUCAAAGACCACCAUCAUUACUUACUUGGUCAUAUUAAAUAUCAGCUGUAGUUCUACAGAAGCAGAAAUCAGGGACACCAAAGUUUACAAAGAGUUGCUUUGACAAUGUGUGUGUGUGUGUGUGUGUGUGUG